UAACAUACAUUCAACAAUUUUCAUGGUAUCAGAGCAGAAAUUCUUCCUAUGGCUUCAUUGUUUUCUUUUGUCUCACUAUGUCUACCGAAUCCACAACCUCCCCUGCACUAGCUAAUAAUGAAUUAGAUCCCUCAUCACCUUUUUAUUUACACCAUUCAGAUAGUCUUGGAACUAUUCUUGUUUCUCAGGUUUUGCAAGGAGAUAAUUAUCCCAUAUGGAGUAAGGCCAUAACCAUGGCUUUUGAAGCCAAAAAUAAGCUUGGUUUUAUAGAUGGUCGUAUUUCACAACCAACACCAACUUCUCCAAAUCAUGCAAUCUGGAGUCGAUGCAACAGUAUGGUUCUAUCCUGGCUUCUUAAUGCUGUUUCAAAGGAAAUUGCAAACAAUGUUGUGUUUAUGAAAAAUGCUCGUGCCAUGUGGAUAAAUCUACAGGACUGUUUCUCCCAUCGCAAUGCUCCUUGGAUUUUUGAGAUUCAGAGAUCAAUUGUGAAUCAUCUACAAUGGAAUGAUUCUAUGACAACAAAUCAUACAAGUUUGAAAGCACUAUGGGAUGAACUUGCCAUUUAUAAAUCAUAUCCUACUUGCUCUUGUGGAGUAGCUGCUGAAAUCACCACGCUAGAAGAGCAAGAUCAUCUAAUGCAACUUUUAAUGGGGGUCAAUGAUUCCUUUGCCAAUUUGAAUGGACAUUCUAAGUCACGGUGUCGCAAAAAGCCUGGACAUCCUAAUUAUCAAGCAACAUCAAUAAAGUGUGAUUUCAGAGAUUCUGGUUCUCAUUUUCAGCAAAACUCUACUAAACAACAUCCAGCUUCUUCUAGAUCACAAUUAGUGGUUGCUGCUAUUGACCAUGGUGAGAAAAGUUCUGAUGUAAGCUCACCUUUCACUCAGGACCAGAUACAGCAACUACUUUCUCUUAUUCAACCUGGUGUCUUUACCUCCUCCAAUCCACUUGUUAAUAUGGACCUGUUGACGAAGAAAGUGAUUGGUUUGGUGAAGGAGCAUGAUGGUCUCUACUACUUUGCACCUUCCACAGCCCCAUUUAUCUCCCUUACUACUAUUUCCAAACCUGUGGCAAACCUUUGGCAUUUUCGACUAGAUUACAUACCAACUGAUACUACUAUUUUUCCAUCCUCUUCGAAUAACUCAACUCCAGCUCCUGUCACAAAAGAUUCUUCUCCAAUAGUACCUCUCACUAAAACCUCUACUGCAUUACCUUCUCUUGAAUCACCAGCUUCACCACAUGUCUCCAAACCACCACCUAUUGUCCUCCUAGAACUACAGCAUUCUUCGCGUCAUAAACAAGUUCCCACAAGGAUUGUCACUAUUCGUGUUCUUUUGGCCAUUGCUGCUAUUAAACAGUGGCCUUUGCAUCAAAUGGAUGUUCAAAAUGCUUUCUUACAUGGUGAUUUACCAGAGGAGGCAACUCGGCACAUUGUUGCCAAUCCUAUCUUUCAUGAAAGGACAAAACAUUUGCAAAUUGAUUGUCAUUUGGUGCGUGAGAAAUUUCAAGCUGGUAUUGUCUGCCCAUUACCCAUCUCUUCCUCUAAUCAACCAGCUGACAUUUUCACAAAGGCAUUGGGCAAGGAUAGUUUUUAUUUGCUGUGGGACAAGCUGGGCAUUCAUGACCUUCAUGCACCAGCUUGAGGGGAGUAUAAAUAGUAACUGGUAUAAUAAUCUAGUAUAAAUCCCUUAGAAUUAGGAGCAUAUUUGUAUACAGUUAUAAUUCUCUUAGACUCUAGGUACAAGGUUAGCUAAGUUAUGAUUUUGAUAUGGUUCUUUUGUAUAUGUAUAUGUAAAGUGACAAACAUUAUGAAUGAAUAACAUACAUUCAG